AUGGUAAACGUUUAUUUACUUCUUUCCCCCACUUUUCUUAUUAGUGACAGCUCAACUUUUGCCUUUCAUUUUUUUUUCUUUUUUGCUUUCAGUUUAAUAUUCUUGCUGAUUUUCUUCGGAAUGUUUUUUGAUGAUAUUUUUUCGUUCUUUUAUACUUUUCUUGUUUCUUUUCUUUUUUCCUUUUUCUUCCUCUUCUUCUUCUACAUGCCGACAUCAAGUCAAGCACUAAUUUUGCUAAAUUCAGAGCUGGAUUCCUCCCUCGGAUUAUAUUCAAGCAGAGUCCAACGUGCUGUGACGUCUACAGCAGGGUUGAUGUUAUCCAGCUUGGCUAUCAGCGUCUCCCAGGGACAAAUUAGCACCAUCACUACCACCACCACCACAACCACAACAACAACAACAACAACAACAAACACUACCAAUGAUUGUUGCAAUGCGACCAAUAAUUUCAAAGACAGUGGCACGGUGACUCUGGCUACAGCGACUUCUUACAACACAAACCCGCGAUCCAACGAUAAUCAACAGGGAGACAGCUCGCAAAAAGACGGUGUUUGGCUCCCACGAACCAGUUGUCCCACCAACCUAAGCGUCAACCACCCCCACCCCAUCUCGGAUUCUGUACAGUAUCGUUCCUUGGGUCGAGCCAGUGGCUGUUACCAUUAUCGGCAACCACUAAUAUUGAGUAGCCGCUCCUACCAUGGCCAAAUCUGUCAAGACCGAUGUCAGCAAAUUAUAGCAACACCGCGCCAUGCUUCAGAAGAAGUGUGGCCUGUGUUAGAAGUCCGAAAAUCCCAACAGUUCUAUCGACCUCUACAAUCGCUGCACAUCGGAACCUCCGCUGGCGAUAUGCUCUUAGCUCACUCAAACCCACGACAGGACGCCUCACCGUCGGAAACGACAUCAACAGUUACUCAACCGACGUUCAGUCCGUUAAAUCGGCGUCUUAUUCAGCGUCUGCGAGAAUUAGGUUUCCGGUCCCGCAGCAGUAAAGGGCAACACAGAAACGUUGGUAACGGAACUGCAGAGUGCGGAAAUGAAAUACCGCAACCUAGCGAAGGAGUGAAAAAGAAACUACAGUUCAGUGCCGGGACUGUAUUGCGGAAGAGUGGAAAAAGAGCAGUGAUUGUCUCUCCUGAAACGGGAGACAAAGAUAACGUUAAAGAUGUUUCCAGCAUAUCAAUGCUCUCCUCUUUAUUCCAACAGAAUCCAGAAACAAAGUGA